GUUUCUGCAAUUAGGUCAGGUGGAGAGACUACGGCAUCAUCCCACAACAAAGAUAGUCUAGACUAGGAGGGGAAGAAAGAAUCAAAGUGAGUGGGUAGUGUUCAAUUUGAUAAACAGAUAAGGAGAUUUUAGGUAAGCAAUUAACAAUAUGUAAUAUGGCAACAUUAUCAGUAUCAGUAUUAGCAUUAGCAAUAGGAUAUAGAAGGAGAGGGGGAGAGAGAGAGAGAGAGAGAGAGAGGCUACCUGGCAAGGUGUAUGAGAAUUUUAUUUAUGUUUAGUUUGGAUUAUGGUUGGCUGACAUGGUGCAUGUGGAUUUUAGUUAGGAUAGCAAGGGUGGCAGGAUACUCAACAGUGCCCAACUGGCUGAUGACAGCCGCAACACGCGUCACAUGCCUGUACCCCGGAUCCGUAAAGGCACUCCUUCACGGUACAACAUGCGCUGUCUGUAGCCCAGUUUUAUUGAUAUUGGGAAUUUUAUAUAUGUUUAAUUGUGAUGAAUUAAGUUAAGUUAUGUUGGCUGGCUUGGUGUAUGGUGAUUGCUAGUUAUACAAGCAUAGUAAGGGUGGCAGGAUACAAUAGCAGUGCACAACUGGCUGGCGGCAGCUGUAACAAGCACCGUAUGCUGUACCCAGGUUCCAUAAAGGCACUCAUUCACGGUACAACAUGCACUGUCUGUGGUCCACUCCUGCUAAACACAACAACAUGGCCAGCAAGAAGUGCUAGAGCCUAACUCUAACCCUAUCCACACAUGAGGAAAUCAUUUUUAUAUUCAGACUGACUUUAGAUGUGGAGCCUAACCAUCUCCCUCUUUAAUUUCACAGAAUUACAAGAGCACAGUGGAGAGAGCCCAGUGCACACUGGAUCCAGAGAUGGUUUCAGGAGCUCUGAUCAAUGUGGCAAAACACCUGGGCAACCUGAAGUUCAGAGUCUGGGAGAAAAUGCAAGAGAUCGUUCAAUACACUCCUGUGACUCUGGAUCCCAACACUGCAUACCCACGUCUCAUCCUGUCUGAGGAUCUGACCAGUGUGACAUACAGUACUGAGACAGAGCAGCUUCCUGGUAACCCAGAGAGAUUUGAUAAGGGUGCCUGUCCCUGUGUCCUGGGCUCUGAGGGCUUCAACUCAGGGACACACUGCUGGGAUGUGGAGGUUAGGGACAAUGCUCUCUGGGACCUGGGAGUGAAGACAGAGUCUAGUCAGAGGAAGGGACCGGACUUCCCCAGUGGAGUCUGGGGUGUGAAACAAAUUGGUAAUGCAAAUUAUGCUGCACACUCUCCAUCCCAGCACAUUCGCCUCACAGUGAAGCAGAAACCCCAGAGGAUCAGAGUGCAGCUGGACUGGGACAGAGGAAAGCUGUCAUUCUCUGACCCUGAUAAUAAUAAACACCUGCACACUUUCACACACACUUUUACUGAGAGAGUCUUUCCAUUCUUUACGGUUGUGUUACCUCUGAGGAUCUUACCAGUGAAGGCUGCAGUAACAGUAGAGCAGGUGACAAUGGCUCCCACUCGACCGUCUCAGAUUUGGCUGAAAAAAUUCAAGGUUAUUCAUACACUUCUUAAUAGGUGUAGUCCCAAAUAUUAGCUCUCUACUCCCAAUAGUUUUGUCACAAAAAGAUUUUUUAGCGACUGUGUCAUGUGCAUUUUCAGACGCUUUUUUAGCAGCGUUUUCUGAAGAGCCAUUUUCAAAUUGCUAUAACUAGAAAAGUAUUUAAGAUAGCUCCUUCAAACUUUCUAGGCUUAAAAUCUGAUACC